AGUCUCAUAAUUUCACAUCGUGGGGCAUCCACGUAUCUCGAACACUAGAGAGGAAGCACCGAGAGCCCCACGAGAGUUACAGCUUGUCUGGAGCCUGCACAGGAAUCCUAAAUGGCCACAUCGCUGUGAUUGUUGGAGGCAAAGAAGAAUUGCCAAGUGAGAGCUUCACGAGCGUAUCACGACUGGAUUUGUUUGACUUGAACACUACCAAAUGGCUCACUGGGUACGAUGUCCACGGGGAGCUCACUCACCGUAUCGGCCACUCUGUGGUCACGCUGGACAAGAAAGCCUACACCUUUGGCGGUGAGCCACUAGAUCCGAGCGUUGGCUUCGAGGUUUCACUGAACGGGCUCAUAGGCGACAUGUUCGAGAUCAGCUACGAGGAAGACGUCCUAUACUGCAUUGAUAUCACUCCGAUCAGUGGAGAUGGCACAGAUCCUACUAUUCCACCUUUACCUGCUCCAAGCGAGCGAGCGUGGCAUGCCAGUGCUGCAGUUGUAUAUCGAGAAACUACUAGCGACCCAGAAAGCCCGCCUACUCAAGGCAUUCUCGUCCUCGGAGGAAAGAAUUCUAAAGGUGCAACUUUGUCGGAUAUCUGGAUGCUGACAGUGAAUACUCCAGGACACAAGCCACGCUGGCAGCAGCUCUCGCCUACUGGUAACAGUCCACUACCGUUGGCGUACCAUAAUGCUGUUACAAUUGGUGGAGGAGAUAAGGUCGUGGUUCUUGGAGGCACACGAAAAUUAUCAAUGAAUUCGUCGAUCCACGUCUUGGAUUUAGUCGCCAACACGUGGAAUGCCAUCACAAUACCAGGCGAAAAUCCUGAAAGCAGCCUCAUACCUCGUGUCCUCACUGCACGGUGUUGCGCUACAGCGCUAGCCUUACAACUCCCAAUCGACGAAGAAACAGGGCUGAUUCGUAGAAUCAAGGACAGUGAACCGGGCGACAAAUCUUGCAACCCCCAGGAGGCAAUUGUGAUCUUUGGAGGCUUCUCCAAGUAUGAACCUGCACUAUGUUCAUCAUCAAUGAUCAUCCUUGAGCCUCAACAUGCACGUAUCCGUGAGGUACAUCUGCCAGCGGCUGGAAUUAAGAGUUGCAUGGGCCACGGCAUAGCGAUACGUCCAGAUAACCGAGGAUUCUUCCUGUUUGGUGGCAUUCCAAUACCGGAUCCUGGACAACCACAGUCAUUUCUUGACUCAACGACAGCAUUGGAUUUCUGGAAGACACCGGCAGAUUUUCCUAGUGAGGCAGAAGAAGCUCAGCGACAAGCGGAUGAAAACCCGGUUAAAACGAAGACUUUGAGUAAUGGAGACGUGUAUGUUGGAGAAAUGAACGCAGAUCAGAAGCAGCGUCACGGCAAAGGCAAGUGUUCGUAUGCCAAUGGAGACGAGUACGAUGGUGAUUGGCGAGAUGAUCAGCGCUGUGGACAAGGUGUCAUGCGCUACGCUAGUAGCCAAAAUAUGUACGCUGGCCUGUGGGAGAACGAUCAGCGCCACGGCUACGGGAUCUAUGAGUUUCAUUUGCCAGACUCCUAUAGUGGAGCUCACCAGCGACAACCGAAAAAAUACGAAGGUCAAUGGAUGCACGAUCGAAAGCAUGGCACAGGAACACUUACGUUCUCGAAUGGAACAAAACUCGUGGGCUCAUGGGUCGAUGAUGUUCUCGAUACUCGCGAACGAAGUUGCAUUGAAGGAUACGAAGACGGUCAGAAUGGUAUCUGCCGAUAUGAAGGCGAAGUGUGUGAUGGUGUGCCGCACGGUCAAGGUGAAAGCCACCACGUGUCUGGCGAGGUGUACAAGGGCAGCUGGAUAACCGGGAGUCGUUCUGGACACGGGGUUGCUACGCUGCGUGACGGGUCUGUUUACUGCGGAGAGUGGCGCAAUGGUCGACGGAAUGGCUUUGGGGUGUUUGACGACGUUCGAACUCGGGCGCACUAUGACGGCAAAUGGGUAGGUGGUGUACGUUGCGGUCACGGGGUAUGCAAAUACGCCAAUGGGUGCGAGUACGAAGGUGACUGGCUCAACGAUGUGCGUCAUGGCACCGGCCGCUACACGGUACCAGAUAGCACUUGCUACGCUGGCGCGUGGCUUCACGACAAGUUUUGUGGCGACGGAACGUUCAUGCUCAAUAUCGAGGAUAUAAACGCCACCGACCACGAUAAUGAAGCAACUUAGUGAGAUCUGAAUGGGCUUUCAGGAACCUUAAAGAUAUUACCAAAAACAGAAUACAUCUUUAUGGAAAAGAAUAAUUUCAAGUGAAUGUUGGAUCACCUACAAGUAAGC